UCAAGCACAGCCACUGGGGAUCAUUAGGGAGCUCUAAUGUGUCCGUGAACAUGUAUGCCUUGAAAUUGGAGCACCACGUCGCUUGGAACAGGUCCAAGUUUUUAACCCUUGCAAAAAUCGUGACUUUAUCUGCUUGCUCAACCCGGCACUUUUCUGAGUGUUCCAAAGCGUUUCAAGUACAAAAGAAAAAUCCAUCAAAAUGAGGGAAAUCGUCCAUGUCCAAGCCGGUCAAUGUGGAAAUCAAAUCGGUUCCAAGUUCUGGGAGGUCAUCUCCGAGGAACACGGCAUCAGUCCCGAGGGUCGAUAUGUCGGUGACAAUCCCCAGCAAUUGGAACGCAUCGAGGUCUAUUACAAUGAGGCCACGGGACAGAAAUACGUUCCUCGAGCCAUCCUUCUGGAUCUGGAACCAGGGACCAUGAACUCCAUUCGAGCCGGUCAAUAUGGACAGAUCUUUCGGCCUGAUAACUUUGUCUUUGGACAGAGUGGAGCCGGCAAUAACUGGGCCAAAGGUCAUUACACCGAAGGGGCUGAGUUGGUCGAGUCCGUUUUGGAUGUGGUGCGAAAGGAAUCCGAGUCAUGCGAUUGCCUCCAGGGCUUCCAAUUGACCCAUUCCCUUGGCGGAGGAACUGGCUCCGGAAUGGGAACCCUUCUCAUUUCCAAGAUACGAGAGGAAUAUCCUGACAGGAUAAUGAACACGUUUAGUGUCAUCCCUUCACCCAAGGUGUCGGACACCGUGGUUGAGCCCUACAAUGCCACCUUGUCCGUUCAUCAACUGGUUGAGAAUACAGAUGAGACAUUCUGUAUCGAUAAUGAAGCAUUAUAUGACAUCUGCUUUCGGACCUUGCGUUUAACCUCGCCAACUUAUGGUGAUCUGAACCAUCUUGUCUCGAUCACUAUGUCCGGCGUGACAACGUGUCUCCGUUUCCCUGGCCAAUUGAACGCCGAUCUGCGGAAAUUGGCCGUUAACAUGGUUCCCUUCCCCCGGCUUCACUUCUUCAUGCCCGGGUUCUCGCCUUUGGCCGCCAGGGGAAGCCAAAAGUAUCGGGCUCUCUCGGUCUCUGAGCUCACUCAACAGAUGUUUGAUGCCAAGAACAUGAUGGCGGCUUGCGACCCUCGCCAUGGCCGUUACCUGACAGUGGCGGCGAUCUUCCGGGGAAAAAUGUCCAUGAAGGAGGUGGAUGAACAAAUGCUGGCGGUUCAGAAUAAAAAUUCGAGCUACUUUGUUGAAUGGAUCCCGAACAAUGUUAAAACCGCAGUGUGCGAUGUGCCGCCAAGAGGUUUGAGCAUGUCAUCCACUUUUAUUGGAAACUCUACGGCCAUUCAAGAGAUCUUUAGGCGGAUCUCAGACCAAUUUACGGCCAUGUUUCGACGAAAGGCCUUUUUGCAUUGGUACACAGGCGAAGGUAUGGACGAAAUGGAGUUCACUGAAGCUGAAAGCAACAUGAACGAUCUCGUUUCUGAAUACCAACAAUAUCAGGACGCGGAUGAUUUGGAUGAUGUGGCAGGUGAACUUGUCGAAGAGGAAAUGGACCCUGAAGAUUUCGACGCUCAUGAAACUUAUUGAAACCUUUGAAUGGCAAAACACGUUGCUCAAACAAAAAAAAAGCCAGGAGUUCUUCGGUAGUUGGUUCUAGACAUCUUGUGUAUUAUUGUGACUCGAACUUCUACAUACAUGUUAUUUAAGAUAAAGAAAACAUAUUUGAUGUAUGUUAGUGAUGUGGAUUUGACAUGACUUUUUUUUAGUAAAAAUACCAUACAUUUGCAUG